AUGUCUCUCGCACCCGAACAACAAGUCGAAGAGCUCGUCCAACGCCAAAAUGUCUCGGACGACGAGGUCUUCGCUCUCUUCGACCAACUCAAACCCGUCAAAGCGGAGCAGUUCAUCGGCGCCUGGAAAGGCGGCAGUGUGCGCACCAACCACCCAGUCGUAGAGAAAAUGACCUCGAUGAACUGGGCCGGUAAGGACUUCCGGUCGACAGAGGACGUGGACCCCAUAGUGGUAUACAAGGACGACGGAUCUCGAGUCUGGAACGCGGACUGGGGUCAUGCUCGCUUGCGUCCGAUGGAGUACCGGGGUGUUGUUACCACUGCAAUGAUUUACGAUGACCAGCCCAUCAUUGAUUACUUCCGAUAUGUGCGGGAUGACUUGCUUUUGGGCGCGAUGGAUGCGAAGAAGGCUGACGGGACUUUUUUCUUUUAUUUGCAUAAAUAA